AUGAAAUUAGGAUAUAAUGAAAUAAUGAUUGCAUCAAUGUAUUUUAAUGAUAUUAAUGAUUUUAUUAAUUUAGAAAUAGGAAUUAAAAGAUUUCAAGGAAAUAUGGAACGAUUUCAUUUUAAUCCAAUUCCAUUAAAUGAAUAUUCAAGAAAAUUAUUUACUAAUAUUGAAACAUUUCAUAUUUAUAAUUAUAAUGAUAAAACAUUUAAUGAUGGAAGAAUAUUUAAACAAGUAACAUGGUAUUUAGUUGAUUAUUCAAUAUAUUUAUUCAAAAAAGAAAAAGGAAAUAUAUGUAAAAAUAUAGAAUAUACAAAAUAUGAUAGAAAAUCAUAUGGGAAUACAAUACCAUCAGAAGUUAAAUCACUUGGAUAUGAAUGUUUUAAAGAUUGUUAUGAACUAACAACAAUUAAUAUACCAACAUCAAUUAUUAAAUUAGGAAAGUAUUGUUUUUAUAAAUGUUCAUCAUUAAAAUCAAUUAAUAUACCAUCAUCAGUUAGUAAAAUAGAAGAUUAUUGUUUUAACGAUUGUUAUUUACUAACAUCAAUUAAUAUACCAUCAUCAGUUCGUAAAAUAGGAGAUGAUUGUUUUUUUGAAUGUUCAUCAUUAACAUCUAUGAAUAUAGAUUGUCUACAGUUUGUGAGUAAAAAAAGAAUAUUUAUGAAUGAAGCAGUGUUAGUUAGUAUUUCAAUACCAGAAAAUCUAGAAAUAAUCAAUGGAAAGAAUAUUUUCAAGAAAGAUAUUAAUGAAUUUAUUAUUCCGUCUUCAAUUAGUAAAUUAGGAGAUUUGUGUUUUCACAAAUGUUGGUCAUUGAUAUCAAUUAAUAUACCAACAACAAUUAGUAAAAUAGGAGAUUAUUGUUUUAAUGGAUGUACAUCAUUAACAUCAAUUAACAUACCAACAGUAACUUGUAAAAUAGGAAAUAGAUGUUUUGAAGGAUGUUCAUCAUUAAUAUCAAUUGAUAUACCAUCAUCAAUUAGUGAAUUAGGAGAUAAAUGUUUUUAUGAAUGUAGAUCAUUAACAUCAAUUAAUAUUCCAACACCAAUUACUAAAUUAGGAGAUUGUUGUCUUAAUAAUUGUUAUUCAUUAGAAUCAAUUAAUUUAUCAUCAUCAGUUAUUGAAUUAGGAAAUUAUUGUUUUAAUGGAUGUACAUCAUUAACAUCAAUUAAUAUACCAUCAUCAAUUACUUCAUUUGGAUAUAGAUGUUUUUAUGGAUGUGGAUGUGAAGAAGAAUUAAAACAAAAUAAAAGAAUACCAAGCUAUUGUUUUGAAUAG